AUAUAACUUCCUUCUCUUGUUAUUAAAGAUACAAUGUCUAAACUUGUACAGUGGAUAAGAGAGCAGCAAAAUGUGUUGAAGCAUGUUGGUGGAUACUCAAAUGCAUUUCGUCGUUUGCUACGAGAAUGUAAUGUAAGGGUAGGCACUCUAGUUGGAGAGGACAAAUAUGGAAAUAAAUACUAUGAAAAUGAUAGCUACAUUGUUGGAAGAAACAGAUUUGUUGUUUUUCCAUAUGAGGGAAGAAUGGAAUAUGAUGGUUCCCAGAUUCCUCCUGAAUGGCAUCGUUGGAUGCAACACUCUACAGAUCAGCCACCCUCAACACACCCACCAACUCCAAGGAAGUUUUUUCUAGACCACGAGAGGAAUUUAUCUGGCUCUAAAGAUGCUUAUGUACCUUAUUCAACAACAAAACCAAAAAUUGAAGCAUGGAAACCUUUAUUAAAAUAACAAUUAUUACAUGUGUAUCUUAGAUUAUUUGUAUAUUAAAAUCUGUGUGAUGUAUUCUUUUCUGUUCUGAGUGUGUUGGUGAAAGAAAACAAAUCAAAAACA